AUGGCAGCCUCAAAGCCAGCCUCUGUGGGGCCGUUGGUGGGAGCGGUGGUCCAGGGCACCAACUCCACUCGCUUUCUGGUUUUCAACUCAAAAACAGCAGAACUACUUUGUCAUCAUCAAGUCGAAUUAACACAAGAGUUUCCAAAAGAAGGAUGGGUGGAACAAGACGCCAAGGAAAUUCUUCAAUCUGUCUAUGAAUGUAUAGAGAGAACCUGUGAGAAACUUACUGAAAUGAAUAUUGAUAUUUCCAACAUCAAAGCUAUUGGUGUCAGCAACCAGAGGGAAACCACCGUGGUCUGGGACAAGUUCACAGGGGACCCUCUCUACAAUGCCAUGGUGUGGCUUGAUCUCAGAACCCAAUCUACCGUGGAGGUUCUCAGUAGGAAAAUCCCGGGAAAUAGUAACUUUGUAAAGUCUAAGACUGGCCUUCCCCUCAGCACCUACUUCAGUGCAGUGAAACUGCGAUGGAUGCUUGACAACUUAAGAACCGUUCAAAGGGCCGUUGAAGAAGGCAGGGCUCUUUUCGGGACCAUCGAUUCCUGGCUUAUCUGGAGUAUGACAGGAGGCAUCAAUGGAGGUGUCCACUGUACGGACGUAACAAAUGCUAGCAGAACAAUGCUCUUCAACAUCCACUCUUUGGAAUGGGAUAAAGAGCUCUGCGACUUUUUUGAAAUUCCAAUGAACAUUCUUCCAAACGUGUGCAGCUCUUCUGAGAUCUAUGGUCUCCUGAAAGCAGGGACCCUGGAAGGUGUGCCGAUAUCUGGGUGUUUGGGAGACCAGUCUGCUGCAUUGGUAGGACAGAUGUGCUUCCAGGAAGGUCAAGCCAAAAACACAUAUGGAACAGGUUGUUUCUUACUAUGUAAUACAGGCCAUAAACGUGUAUUUUCUGAGCAUGGUCUUCUGACCACAGUGGCUUACAAACUAGGCAAAAACAAGCCGGCAUGUUAUGCAUUAGAAGGUUCCGUCGCUAUAGCGGGUGCUGUUAUUUGCUGGCUUAGAGACAAUUUUGAAAUUAUAUCAAAGUCAGAUGAAAUCGAAACACUUGCUAAAGAAGUGGGUACUUCUUAUGGCUGUUACUUUGUCCCAGCCUUUUCAGGGUUAUAUGCACCUUAUUGGGAACCCAGCGCAAGAGGAAUUAUCUGUGGUCUCACUCAGUUCACCAAUAAAUGUCAUAUUGCCUUUGCUGCAUUAGAAGCUGUUUGUUUCCAAACCCGGGAGAUUCUGGAUGCCAUGAACCGUGACUGUGGGAUUCCACUCAGUCAUUUGCAGGUAGAUGGAGAAAUGACCAACAGCAAAAUUCUUAUGCAACUACAGGCAGAUAUCCUGCAUAUUCCAGUAGUGAAGUCUGUAAUGCCUGAAACAACAGCACUAGGAGUUGCCAUGGCAGCUGGGGCUGCAGAAGAAAUAGAGGUUUGGAGUCUUGAUCUUGAUGAUUUGUCAGCUACCUUAACCGAGCGGUAUGAACCACAAAUCCAAGCCACAGAAAGUGAAAUCCGUUAUUCAACAUGGAAGAAAGCAGUGAUGAAGUCAAUGGGUUGGGUGACUUCCCAGGUUCCUGAAAGAAAGGACAGUGCUGUCUUCUCCUGUCUGCCCUUGGGCUUUUUUAUAGUGGGUAGCAUGACAUUAUUAAUUGGAGCAAGAUAUGUCUCAAGUCUACAAGAGUAG